CUCUGCGUUCCUUGAUUCUCUCAUUUUCUAGCACAAGCUGCAUUUUCUAAGGAAACAAAACAUCUUUCAGACCCUAAAACUACGUCCGUCCUCGCCGAAUUCUCUUGUUCAGGCACCGGACUGAGACAUGUCUAGUGUGCAAAACAAUCCGAUUCUUCAAGCUGAAACAACAUGUGGCACGCUCCUAUGCGAGCUUCAGAUAAUUUGGGAUGAAGUUGGGGAGACAGAUGCUGAUAAGGAGAAAAUGGUGCUUGAUCUUGAACAAGAAUGCUUGGAAGUAUACAGAAGAAAAGUGGAUCAGGCUAAUCACUGUAAGGCUCAGCUAAGACAGUCCAUUGCUGAUUGUGAAGCUGAACUUGCAGGCAUCUGUUCAGCAAUGGGAGAGCGGCCAGUGCUUAUCAGGCAGUUUGAUCAAAAUACCGGAAGCUUGAAGGAGGAGCUCAGGAAAAUUUUUUCCCAACUGGAGGAGAUGAGGAAAAGGAAAAUGCACAGAAGAAAUCAAUUCGUUGAAGUUUUAGAUGAAAUACAGAAGAUUACAACUGAGAUAUAUGGAUCCACAGAAUCUGUUUCUUCUAAAACAGUUGUUGAUGAAACUGAUUUAUCCUUAAGAAAGCUUGAAGAAUUACACAGACAGCUCCAUGCGCUUCAGAAAGAGAAGAGUGAUAGGCUAAAGCAGGUUCAAGACCAUCUUAAUACAUUGAACUCACUCUGCUUGGUUCUGGGUAUGGAUUUCAAGCUCACAGUUACUGAGGUUCAUCCCAGUUUAGGUGAAUCUGAAGGAUCAAGGAGUAUAAGUAAUGACACAAUAGGGCAUUUGGCUACAGCAGUAAAGAAUUUGCGCCUAGUUAAGAUACAGAGCAUGCAAAGACUCCAAGAUCUUGCAACUUCAAUGUUGGAGUUAUGGAAUUUGAUGGAUACACCUAUUGAAGAGCAACAGAUGUUUCAAAAUGUGACCUGUAAUAUAGCUGCUUCAGAACAUGAGAUCAUUGAGCCUAAUACUCUCUCAGAGGAAUUCAUUAACCAUGUUGAGGCAGAAGUUUCUCGGUUGGAAGAGUUGAAGUCAAGCAAAAUGAAAGAGCUUGUUUUGAAGAAGCGUUCAGAGCUAGAGGAGAUCUGUAGAAAGACACACCUGGUUCCUGAGUUUGACAGUGCCCUGGAAGAUGUCAUUGAUGCCAUUGAGUCUGGAGCUCUGGACGCAUCUACCAUACUUGAACAAAUUGAACUCCAAAUUGCUAAGGUUAAAGAGGAAGCUUUUAGCAGGAAAGAAAUACUCGAGAAGGUGGAGAAAUGGUUAAAUGCCUGUGACGAGGAGUGCUGGCUUGAGGAUUAUAACAGGGAUCAGAAUAGAUACAAUGCAGGGAAAGGUACUCACCUUAUGCUCAAGCGUGCUGAGAAAGCCCGUGCAUUGGUUAAUAAACUCCCAGGAAUGGUGGAGGCAUUGGCAGCCAAGACCAUGGCAUGGGAAAAGGAGAGAGGCUUUGAGUUCUUAUACGAUGGUGUUCAUCUGCUCUUCAUGCUCGAGGAAUAUACCAUGUUAAGGCAGGAGAAAGAACAAGAGCGCCGUAGGCUGCGGGACCAGAAGAAACUUCAGGGACAGCUAAUAGCAGAGCAAGAAGUGCUCUAUGGAUCAAAAGGAAGCCCUUCAAAGGCCCUUAGUGUUAAAAAGGCUUCCAGAUUUUCAACAGGAUGUGCAAGCAAUAAAGGAGCCUCUGCAGGAGAAGCAAUGCCUCAGGCUUCUAAACCUGAUAUGCUCAAUUCCUCAACGGCAGCUACCCCUCAAACGCCUCCCAGUAAGAAAGCUGACAGAGUACAUCCAAUUGACAAUUUAAAUCACUUGCAGGAUGAUGGUUUUGCAGCAUUAUCUGCAGUAAGGAAAGGAUUGGAUGUAGCUGAUAUUUCUAUAAAAAGGAACUCUGAUGCUGCAAGUGUCACUGAACCAGAAUCACCGAUCCUUCGGCAACCAUUCUCUCCCAUCUCUUCCACAGCAUCGUCAAAAACCAAUAUGACAGACAUAUUAGGAGACCAUGGUGAGACUGUGCAGAGAAUGCUUCCAAUUAAGGAUCUAUCAUGUGUUAUCCCCACGAAGGCAGCUAUUUUAGUGGAUGAAGAGAACAGAACACCCAAGGCAAUGCCAAUUACCGUGACCUCGACACCUUCCACUGUGUCAGUUCCAAUGCAGACCGCUAUCAUCCCAGCUCCUCCAAUUGCCUUGGCAGAUCCAGUUGAAGCGAUUCCUGAAGAGGCUGAAUAUUCAUUUGAAGAAAAAAGGCUUGCUUCUAUGCUUUCUAAUACACAAAUAAAUUCAACGAUACAAGUUUGAUGUUUUAAAAACCUCAAGUGAACUUGAACCCACGCACUUGUGGCAUUAGCCGCAAUGGAACCGCAGCAUUAUUGUAACUAUUCCUCUUAUCUUUCAAUUUCUCACUGUUAAAAAAAAUGUGAAUUUGAA